AUGGCGCAGCGAGAAAUUCAGAUGGACCAGGAAAAACUCUGCUGUUCGAUCUGUCUGGAUCUACUGAAGGAUCCUGUGACUAUUCCCUGUGGACACAGCUACUGUAUGAGCUGUAUUAAAAGCCACUGGGAUGAAGAGGAUCAGAAGCAAAUCCACAGCUGUCCUCAGUGCAGACACACCUUCAUGCCGAGGCCUGCUCUGGUGAAAAACACCAUGUUUGCAGAUUUAGUGGAGAAACUGAAGAAGACAGGACUCCAAGCUGCUCCAGCUGAUCACUGCUAUGCUGGACCUGAAAAUGUGGCCUGUGAUGUCUGUACUGGGAGAAAGCUGAAAGCUGUCAAGUCCUGUCUGCAGUGUCUGGUGUCUUACUGUGAGCAGCACCUCCAGCCUCACUAUGAAUACCCUGUCUUUGAAAAACACAAGCUGGUCGGCCCCUCCAAGAAGCUUCAGGAGAACAUCUGUACUCGUCACAACAAGGUGAUUAAGAUUUUCUGCCGCACUGAUCAGCAGUGUGUCUGUUAUCUGUGCUCCAUGGAUGAACAUAAAGGCCACGACACAAUUUCAGCUGCAGCAGAACGGACUGAGAGGCAGAAAGAGCUCAGGGUGAGUCGACAAAAGAUCCACCAGAGAAUCCAGAACAGAGAAAAAGAUGUGACGGUGCUUCAGCAGGAGGUGGAGGCUAUCAAUCACUCUGCUGAUAAAGCAGUGAGGGACAGUGAGAAGAUCUUCACAGAUCUGAUCCGUCUCAUUGAGAAAAGAAGCUCUGAUGUGAAGCAGCACAUCAGAUCUCAGCAGAAAACUAAAGUUAGACAAGUCAAAGAGCUUCAGGAGAAGCUGCAGCAGGAGAUCACUGAUCUGAGGAGGAAAGACACUGAGCUGGAGAAGCUCUCACACACAGAGGACCACACCCAGUUUCUACAGAGCUACCCCUCACUGUCACAUCUCACUGACUCUAAAGACUCAUCCAGGAUCAAUAUCCGCCCUGUGCGACACUUUGAGGAUGUGACUGCAGCUGUGUCAGAGGCCAGAGAUAAACUACAGGAUUUUGUUAGUGAUGUGUGGACCAAGAUCUCACUGACAAAGACUGAAGUGGAUGUUUUGCUGGCACAACCUCAGCCCAAGACCAGAGCUGAAUUCUUACAGUAUUCACGUCAGAUCACACUGGAUCCAAAUACAGCAGGCAGCUCCCUCGAAUUAUCUGAAGGGAACAGAAGAGCAACAGUGACACCAUUCCACCUUAAGAAGCAAAAUUCACAGAGUAACGUGUACAGCCUUCAGGUCCUGAGCAGAGAGAGUCUGACUGGACGAUGUUACUGGGAGGUGGAGUGGAGUGGACAUAGAGUUUCAGUAGCAGUCACAUCUGCACAUAUGAGAGAACCACUAUAUGAAACUAGAUUUGAGAACAAUGACACAUCUUGGGCAGUAUAUUGUUUGGAUGGUUUUUAUGAAUUCAGACAUAACAGUAUCAUCACUCCCAUCUCCGGCCCUCAGUCCUCCAGAGUGGGAGUGUACCUGGAUCACCCUGCAGGUAUUGUGUCCUUCUACAGCGUCUCUGACACCAUGACUCUCCUCCACAGAGUCCAGACCACAUUCACUCAGCCUCUCUGUGCUGGACUUGGUGUUUAUCAUUAUCAUAGCUCUGCUGAAUUGUGUGAUCUCAAGUAGACAGGUGUUAUAAACAAGACAAAGGCUGACAAUCUACUUUUAGGUAGUAAAUUCACUCUCCAUCUUUGUUGUUCAGCUCUCUGUGCUGUGAUGGUUCUGCACUGAACAGUCACUCAAACAAUGUGGGUAUAUGAAGAUAUAUGUAUAUCAAGCAUAUAUGUAUAGAACUUAAAUAUCAGAUGAACAGAAAUGAACAGAAUCUAUAAGUGUGGGGGUUUUCUUUUAAAAUCUUUUAAGUAAAAUAAUAUUGUGGAGUUUAAUUUAUUUUCAGAUAAUGUUUGUAU